ACCAACAAGGAUAAAGAACGGUACACUACAUUUUCAGUGAAAACGUAAACCUAGUGAAAUCCAAAGUUCAAACGCAAAACAACUAAACGCGUAAAAAACAACCUUAGAGCCAAGAGAGAAUUCAAGAGAUCUCGAAGAAGAGAGAACAGGAAUUAGAUAACCAAAGCUAGGACGCGUGUGUGCGUUUUUGGGGAAGGAACAAAUAAGUACAGUUAUACAGUGAAUACAGUUAAUGGUGUUGGUGAGCUACUAAAAUAUCAAAUACUCAUUGCUCACGCGCAGCCGAGAUGGUACUAAUUUUUGCUUUGGACAAUCGGUGCGACCGACGCGAACGUCUCAUCCCCACCCAAAUCUGGCAAACAAACUACGGGUAUGCGAUGCACUACUACCAGCCCAUGAUAGAUUAUCUCGAUGAGAAGCGUGUGAGCGGCCAAGACAGUCCACCACUCUCACCCGAUCCUCGGUGCCCCUAUUUACCGUACUCGGAGGAGCGCGGCCUGUGCCGUUAUCACACCGCGGACUUCCACUUCCGUCCGUAUAGCGACCAAGAAAUAUCCCAAUUUGUGAAACAAACAGUUGACACUGCGAAACGGUACCUGCCAGACUACCGCUUCGAUAUAAAGCGUUCGGUGCUCAGUUUAACCGCGACUGCCGACGCUGCUAGACUCAAGAAACACGUUCCCGCGGACAGUGUGAUUGCACGUUACCAACGCAAAUUAGCCGAUCGCAAGAUACAGGACGAAGCAAACGUAAGGCGCGAUAAGAUGGCAUUGUUAAAGCGAACCCAGUUCUAUGGCGAAGAUCUGAAGAACGAUGAACUUUCGCCUGAACUCAAGCGAGCAAUCAAAGGCAAAUCAGCCGACCAGAUCAAGAACAUUCUGCUUAACGAGUCGCGCAAAUUUCGGCAGUCUGAAGAACGCCAAGUGGGUCAGUUCAACAAGUUAAGCUCUGUAACACGGACAACGGGAAGUCGCGCGAACAGUGAAAUGCGUUACAUCGUCAAGCGAACAACUAGCACCGUGGACGUGAGCCAGGCAGCUGAAGAAGCUACACAUCAAUACAAGGCCGUACAUACGUCCGUGGAUAAUGUACGACGAGAGAUCAAGAACUUCGCCUUGAAAACGCAAGAAUUCUUGCACGACACCAGGUGAAAACCUUCGUCUAAGCUAAUCUACCACACCUAAACUUCACUGAAUGAUUAAAAUGGUUGUAUAUAUUACUAUUAGCUUAAGGUGUAUUAGAAUCAGAAAUUAGGGUUUUGCAGCACUCCCUUAGUCUCUCUGUUCUUUGAUAUUAGUGCAAAGUAAUUAUUAGGCAAAGACUAUAUUACGAAACGACAAAUGUUAGUAAAAACAUUUGGAAAAAAAUUCAUCGCAGCCGUCACGACACGUCAAUGAGUGUCAAUAGUUAUACAAUGUUUGAUCCAAAAGCAAAUUAUCAAUACGAUUCUUGUGAUGAAAAAUCGCUUGGUUUUUUCAUAGCUUCUGCUAUGAAAAAACGAGACCAUUCUUUCCACUAUCUGUGGCAUGUACUUUUCUUGAUUGCCAAUAUAUUCCUUAUACAUAUCUGUUAUUGAGCUACUACGAAUUUUGUAAAAUUGGCAUAAAGUUGAGCCGCAAGUGCUGCCUCGGUGGAUAAUGCUCAUAUAAA